CAGAAGUUACACACAGUACUGGCACCAGUGAGACGUCUAUAUAUGAAGUUUAUAUGAUGACUGUGAUAUAGUCUUUAAACUGAAUAUGAUGGCGCGGAAGUUAUCGUCUUGUCUGUUGCUAUGUGUGUAUCUGCUCACUGUGGUCUUCAGUAUGGUGUCUGCCCAGUACUGUUCAAGGCGAUGCCGUUGUGAAGGCACCAAGAUGGAUUGCAGUCACGGGGGUCACCCAGGCUUCCCACCAGAAGACUUGAUACCAUCCUCGACAGAAACUUUUCUGAUGAAUGACAACCAGAUGAUAGCUGUGUCUUUGAUAGCUGUGUCUCGACUUCCAAACCUGUUAGAACUAAGCCUCGAAGAUAACUCGAUCACGACGCUUGAAAGAUCUCCCUUCCGCCUGCGGCCAAAUCUUCAGAUUCUUCGGCUUGGAGGGAAUAAAAUCAGUCAAGUGGUCAGGGAUGCUUUUCGUGGACUAAGCCAACUUCUGAAACUGUUUCUGGAUCGUAACAACAUCGAAACUGUAGAAGCGUUUGCAGGGAUUGAUAGUCCAAGUAGUUUGGAAAUUUUGGACUUACAGAGAAACAAACUCACAUCGAUAGCGACCAGCACGUUUACUGGAGUCCCACUGCUUACGGAGCUCAACUUAUCGUCCAACAACAUCUCAACGAUUAAAGAUGGGAGCUUCAGUGGUCUCAAGAAGUUACGCGUCCUCUACCUGCAUUCCAACCAGAUCCUUCGGCUGACCAACGAGACAUUUAUGGGGCUAUCCUCAUUGAAGAGUCUUGUUUUGGCUAACAACAAGAUACAGAAUCUACCAGAUAUGGUCUUCAAUGGUGCCAUAGCGCUGGAGUUUCUGGAUCUUGUAUCUAACGGAAUCUCCAAAAUCACACGGAAAACAUUCUCUGGAUUGUUCAAUCUUACGGCACUAUACCUGGAUAGUAACAACAUCAGCACUGUAGAAGACGGUGCGUUUCGCGAUCUGGUCACACUACACACACUGUCACUGUUCACGAAUUCGCUACAGGACAUAUCAGCAUCCACUUUUAUCGGUCUGGCUCCUGACGAUAGGACAGACAAUACAGGACUGGAGGUGCUGUACGUGUCAAGGAAUCGUCUCACGACUGUGAGGAGGGAGGAUUUCGCAAGGCUCACAAAACUGACUUUUUGACGCUAUUCGACAAUAAAAUUACAAGUGAAAGACUGGAAGAUGGUUCAUUCGCCAAUCUCGGCAACCUUGUCUUCCUUAGUCUAUAUGGCAACCGUCUGACGAACAUUUCUGCAGCAACAUUUCAAGGGUUGACGGCUUUGCAAACGUUGCUACUUGGAGGAAAUCAGUUCCAAAGCUUCAACGCGUUUGCGUUCGCCAAUCUACCAACUCUAACAACGCUUUUAAUUCCGAGGAACCCUUUCGAUAGCGCUGCCUUACAUCCUGAUGCUUUCGGCAACCUGACGGCAGUGCAAUAUCUGGAUAUUGCCGGAGUAACGAGCUUGUCACCGCGUGUGUUUCGCCACUUACCCUGCCUCCAAACUGUGACAUUUGGGAACUGUCUUACCUGCGAUUGUGAAAUACUUGAUCUAGCGAAAUGGCUGAAUAAAACAGAUGUGAAGGCUGAGCGAUAUGUCACUUCGUCACAGCCAGUGGCCUGCUACAAUCCAGAGCGGUUGAAGGGACGUCCUCUCAGCAACCUUCGAGAGGAAGACUUGCAGAUGUCGUGCCCAACGACAACCGACCCACCGCCCACGGAAUGUACUGUGCAGACCUGUCCAACAUCUCUUACGACUGAAGUAAUGACAUCUCCACGUCCUGUAACCACACCAAGCUCAACAACACCAACUUCGUCGUCCUUUACAACACGACAGCCAGGAA